AAAAAUAAAAAAACGGGCGGAAGUUGUCAAAGAAGAAGGGUUACACCAACAAUGGGUUUAAUCAUGCCGGUCCAGCAUUUUUGGAGUGCAAAUUCCGUGGUGAAAGGGACAGGUGAACAAGAGUGGAAAGAGAGAGAGAGAGAGAGAGAUCGAUCUAAAUGUAAGGGGGUUGUGUUGUUUGUUUCUGUUUGCUGCAAUUUUUUACACCACAUUUCUCUCACACACCCACACUCACGCUCUCUUUCUCUCACUUUCUCUUUCUUUCUGCCUUAUUUUCCCUUUUUUGCUUCAAUACCGUUCAAAGCCCUCACUCUUUUUUUGCCAUUCCUCCAAUAGCCCAAACU